GCAGCCAGACGAGGUGGCGGUGAGAUCUCUGUACACUUUUAAGCUGCCACCUCCGCACCAUCUGCUGUCGACCAUCCAACAACACAUCCUCUUCAAAGACCUCAACGAAACGAGAAAAUGAAUCGCAUCUCGCUCCAGUUGCAGAUACUCCCCCUCCUUAGCGGGGUAGUGCUGGCACAGGGCGAACAAGUCGUCGUCUUACGCCCCAACGUAACGGACCAGCAGCGAACCUUCAACAUUAUUGUCCGCUCGAUUCUCUUGGCGGUGUUCGUUCUAUCUAUUAUCGCAUUUUUCGUAAUCUUUUGGAGACGCCAGAAGCAACGACGGGCGUACGAUCAACAGCUGGCUGCAAUGGGUUUACCCCCAGGCUCCGUUCUUACCUACGGUCAAACCGCCAUGCCGCCUCCGAAUUACUACGUUUACCCUCCUCAGGGUCCACCACCGGCGCAGGGAGCAACCUCAAGAGACCAGAAGGGCGAAGUUCCUUCUUUUGGAAUGCCCGAACCUGCAUAUUCUGGGGGUGAAAGGAAAUAGUGGAUCACGAGGUGUACAAGUGUUUAUAGUAGUAUAAUCCAAAGCAAGUUUGCCAUUCAAUGUAUUUGAAUCUGUAUAUAUGAUGUUGCAAUAAAUUAGUUUUCAGAUGUCCCACAAGUUUGCCCACCGUACUUGGGACAGU